AUGUACAAAAUUCUUAACGAAACACUAAGGUCUAAUAAUUGUCCGGCUGUCGGACAUUUAGCAUAUCGAAUCGACACAAAAACACGACACGUCCGACGCAAAAUGGCGUCCGCAUUUUUUCUCUCUCCUAAAAUUUCGGCAUUUCACGAUACGCGGCGUUGUCGCUCUCCCGUCAACCGAUUGAUCGUUUAUCCAACGUCUUUGGACGGACCCGGCGCCGGUUCCAAUUUGGGCGCCGAUAAAUUGAAGUCCGCCAGCCCGAGACCGGCGAUCAGCGGCACAGACCGAAAUACCGAGAAAUGA